AUGUAUGACGACGAUGACACCACGUUUUCGCUGGUGUCAACCGCGUCGGUGACGGAUGCCACGAGCGUCACCACGCGGACCGAGCUCGAGCUGGACCACGCCGACGACGAGGCCGAAGCAGAGGCCAACUUUGCGGGCGUCAACGAUGCCAGCAGCGACUUCGAGAGCGGCUGGGAGGUGUCGUCAGGGCCGUCCACGUCAGUGCCGCCAAGCGUCUACGAGGAUGAGAUUGCGUACGGCCGACGCUAUCACGGCUUCCGCAGAGGCAUCUAUCCCAUGCCCAACGACGAGGUUGAGCGGCACCGAGAGGAAACCGUCCACGCGCUGUUUCUCCAGCUGAUGGGCGGACAUUUAUUCUAUUCCAACAUUGGCGGCCAUCCCCAGAAGAUUAUCGAUAUCGGCACCGGAAUUGGAAUCUGGCCCAUUGAUGUUGCUGACCAGCAUCCGAGCGCAAGCGUCAUCGGCACCGAUCUGUCACCGAUCCAGCCAUCAUGGGUACCCAUCAACGUCCGCAUGUUCAUCGAAGACAGCGAAGAGCCCGAAUGGCUCCACGGCUCCGAGUUCGACCUGGUUCACUUCCGGCAGAUGACGGAUGUUUUGCGAGACCUCAAGGGCCUUCUGACCAAGAUAUACCCACACGUCAAGAACGGCGGCUGGGUCGAGUUCCACGAACUCAUGACGGAGAUCCGAUGCGACGAUGGCACCAUGAAAGACGACGAUCCCCUCCGAGUGUUCCUUGAUACGGUGAAGGACGGCCUGCGAGUCUACGGCAUCAAUAUCCUUGCCAUUACCGACAUCGAACAGAUCCUUCGGGAGACUGGCUUCACCAAUGUCCACUGCAUCACGAAGAAGGUCCCGAUAUCGACGUGGCCGCGGGACAAGACGCUGCGGGCCCUCGGUGUUUUCAUGAAGACGACCAUCAACGACUCCCUCGGCGCCAUGGCAGCGAAGCCCCUGGCGGCCUUGAAUCUGUCUCCGGAACAGCGAGUGGCCAUGUUGGAAGCGGCACGAGAGAGUCUCGAGGACGCCUCGAUCCACCGCUACGUCAACUGCUGCGUGUGCUAUGCUCAAAAGAGAGAAGGCGACUUUGCCGACGCUCUGUACUGA